CCGAAGCGGACAGUGCGCCCUGACCCGUUGAAACAAGCGGUUGGCCUCGUGGUACUAUCCGUGAUCGCGUUUCUACACAGUGUGCUCGAAACGAUGAAUGAAAAAGUACCGUCGCCCCUACUCUUAGUGCCGCAACGGUUCAACUUUAACGCGACCCGUUCACACACCCGAUGACCUCGUGUUUACGCGUGAGUUUCAAAUCCCAAGUGGAAAGGUUCCACGUUUAUGUUUAUAUAUCGUUCGUAGAUACACGGUGGUUCGCGGCCAAACAGAACUAACAAAGUCCAAAUGGCCGCUUUUCUGCUCGAGUAUUCGUUCUUCGUCGUUCCGGUCGAAGAGGAUGACCGUGCGGUUGGCCGAUGUCGAAGCGAACGACAAACGUCGGCGGGAAGGUCAGUUUCCGGUUGAAACGCGGUAAAAGUGUUUGGGGAUGUUCAUCUCGGGAAGGUGGCUUUCGAAGGGUGUUCUUAUCGGUGUUUGGAUCUCGGUAUCGUUUCUGUGGCGUUGAAAAGCUGACGACUUUGACGUGGACGUUCCUCUGCAGAGGUAACGCCGGUGUAUAUCGUCGAGAGGGAACUAGGCUGCGAAUCAGGAUAAAACCUUGUUCCAGCCAUCGUUUAACUCGACAAGUUCUCACGACCUGUGUAACGCGAAUUCUAACGUUGUACAAUGGACCGCAUGUGAUCGUCGUGAAAUUAAACGUCGACGAAAUCGAACUCGACGAGAAAAUGACGCUUCGCUAAGGAAACGGAGACGUUCGAACGAAACUCUUGCAACGAAGAACGCUGGAGAACACUUUGGUCAACGAUGGACUGGAUUCAACGAUCGUGGUCGAUCGGCACGAGUACACAGCCAUUGAGCAGGAUUCUCUGUCGUACUGGUAAUCGUAUAAAAACACCUGCUGCCCAAAGAAGAUCUCACUCGAGGGCCCAGAAGGUGCGUCUACUAUCCAUCGAGGAAUAUCCCGAAUAACGAAAUCGAUAUCGACGCUCUUAAACGCUCCAUGAUAAAACGAGCGUUGUACGCUUAACCAAGAGAAGCGAA